AUGUCUGAAUUCCCUCAGGCGAAAGAGUUUUUCCUGCACACAAGCAACAUCCUCAAGUGGAAUAAUGUGCAACUUAUUAAAAAUCCAUUUGAGGAGAAUCUUCAAACACUUUGUAUUGCCUGCGAUAAGCAUAGAGAUAAAAUUCCAGAGUCUGAGCGCAGUGGCGUCUUUGUGUCUGCCAAGCUUUUUCUUUUUACGGAUGACCAUGAUUCUAUUCGCCAAGCUAUUAACAAAACUCUCAAUCGACUGGGCCUGGAGGACAUUGAGACGUUGAUUGUCACGCUGUCUCCAGAGCUCUCCCAAGGCGCUGUUGUCGAUCAUCCGACUUGUCUCGGUUCGUCAUGGGUCAGGGUUCCCCAAAGCACCGCCGUCAGUCUUUUGAAGGUGUGGCCUGUUUUGGAGGAAUUCGUGGAGGCAAAUAAAGUCUUUCGAUUGGGCGUCACUGACAUGCCCGUCUAUGAAAUGGAGACCCUGUGCUCUUCGGUCAAGACGCCGCCCAAGGUGAAUCAAGUAUUUAUAGGCAGCUCGUAUCUGCUCGGCGAAGACCUGGAGAAUUUCGCGAAGCAGCACGAUAUUCAGCUCUUGACACAUCACGAUUCUGCUGACAUGCUCCCAGCGGAGAAGCUCCAGGCGGUGUUGCGGAGCGAGCUCUCCGCCGACGACGCCGCCGGCUGGAGGCCUUCGUGGCUGAUGCGUUACGCCGAGUACUACAAGUACCGGAUGGUGGUUCGUUCCAGGGGCUACACUCUCUUUGCCGAGCGCGACCUUCCCGCGAAAUGCAACGGAUUUUGUGCCUCCCCCAACGACACCACACAGCCAUAA